AUGUUCUGGCGUUUUGGGGGAUAUGCAAGUAUCUCCACCAUCGAUACCCUUCUCGACAAGCCCGAGGUGACCCUCGAGGACCUGCUGGAUGAGCCGGAGAUCAUCCAAGAGCUGAAACAGCAUAAUACGAAACUGAUCGAAUACCUGCGCGAGGACCAUGUUUUGAAACGGCUUAUGGACUACGUGACCGCACCGAGCCUGGUAAAAGACGACGAAGAAAAUGACGAUGAUACCAACGAAAAGGAGUCUUCUAAGGAGCCCUCCAAGGAUGCCGGUGCGGAGGCCACAUUAAAUGAACAAACGGAUCAGGAAGACAAUGGGGACGAUGAAGAGAAAGAGUCCGAUCCCCUCAAGGAUCUCCUGGGCCCAGAGGAACUGGAAAGGGUCGAAAAGAACCGCAUCAAGCACGCCUACAUCGCCUGCGAGAUCCUUUCCUCAGAGACAUACUCCAUCUUGGAAUCAAUUAUGGAAAGCCCGACCUAUUUGCGCGACUUCUGGGGGGUUCUUGCGGCGACCUCCAUCCCUAGACUCCCAACAAGCAAGUUAUUUCACCAAGAGGAGAUGUUGGAUUUUCUUAAGUCAUUGGAUGGAAUUGUUCCUUCACUCCUACAGCACGUCGAUAACCCGAUGGUGAUGGAUCUGUUGUUGAAAAUCAUCAGCCUUGAGAAAGCCGAGGGAGGCCAAGGAACCGUGGACUGGCUCAAAUCCCAAGGCUUGAUCCCGACUCUUCUUUCUUUCCUCACGCCAGAAUACCCCGGUUCUGUUCAGACCUCCGCUGGUGACUUCUUGAAGGCGAUCAUCACCAUCUCCGCAAACGCAACUCCCAAUGACCAAUCUUGCAUUGGCCCCAACAGCCUGACCCGCCAAUUGGUUUCAGCUGAGUGUGUGCAGCAGCUUAUUGAUGCUAUGCUGAAAGGUGGCAAUCCGUUGACGGUCGGUGUGGGUAUCGUCAUUGAGGUUAUUCGCAAGAACAACUCCGACUAUGACCCCGAGCACCUAGGUGGGCCUGAAUCUAUGCCUACUCCCUAUGACCCAAUUUACCUUGGCAAUCUCCUCCGUCUAUUCGCUCGCCAUAUCCCCCAUUUCAUGGAACUAAUCAAAAGUUCCAAGCACGCUGUUCAUGAUGGUACUCAACUGAAGAGUGUCGACCGGGGUAGCCUUAACUCAGCUUGGGGUGGAAAAAUUGAGCCCCUUGGCUUUGAUCGAUUUAAGACUUGCGAGUUGAUGGCGGAGCUUCUUCACUGCAGUAACAUGGGACUUCUAAAUGAGCCUGGCAGUGACGAUUAUGUCCGAGAGCGCAAUGCGGAGCGCGAGAAGUUGAUUCGUGAAGGGUUCUUCAAUCCCAGUCGAAACGACCAUUCCGGUAUGGAAUACAAUGAGACAACGGCGGAUUUCACCAAUGGCUCUGCCAUGGACACUGGGUCACCCGAAGCUCUUCGCCCACGCGCAGGUGAAGAAGAAGGCUUCGAGGACGUUGGGGCUUCUGGUGUUUUGGUCGGCGAGAAGCCUGAAGACAAAGAACAGACCGAAGUCUCUGGUCAGAGCUCUGAGGUAGAUACUGAGUCUAAUUCGACCGACCAGACGAAGACCGAAACACCAGCAAGCCCCAGUGGUGUUCUUGCGGAUCAGGUUUCCGACAUCAAGCUCGCAACUGAAGCUCAAAGCGAGGAACAAGUUUCUACGCCAGUCGAGCAAAAGGAGCCCAUAUCACCCAAACCCGAGGACGUUCCCCCACCACUCUUCUCCCCAAAGAAGCAGCCAGCAGAGCCCGUCUCACAGCCUGCUGAACAAGAAGAGGUCCCCCCUGUUUCCGAACCCGCACAAGAAUCCGAGAGGAUCAAUGAUGGCAGUGCUGAAGAUCCUGCCGAGCAGUAUAUUCAGUAUGAUACUGAUGGACAACCUGUUGUUGGCGACUACCUGAAGAUUAUGUUCGUUGAGAAUGAGGUGGUUCCAACGAUACUAGGCUUUUUCUUCCGCUUCCCAUGGAACAACUUCCUCCACAAUGUUGUUUAUGACGUUGUUCAACAAGUCUUCAAUGGGCCGAUGGAGCGUGGUUAUAACAGGGCUCUGGCCAUCAAUGUCUUUGAGAAAGGGCAAAUCACCACUGCAAUUAUUGAGGGGCAAAAGCGCAGUGAUGAAGCGCAGAAAACUAAGCAGAUUCGACUUGGCUACAUGGGCCAUCUUACCCUUGUCGCCGAAGAAGUCGUAAAGUUCAGUGAACGCCAUCCCCCUGAACUGCUCUCACGGUCCGUCAUGGAGUCGGUCUUGAACCCCGAGUGGAUUGACUAUGUCGAGCAAACUCUGUCGGAGACCAGGGAACGGGAUAACGCGAUCCUUGGCGGCGUGCGCCCGGACAUGUCUGUCGGAUCUCGCCAGACUGUACUCACCUCGGCUAGCUCGAACCAAGGAGGAUUCUCAAACUCUUCCGCUCUGGCCGACGCAGGCUUGAACGGUGGUAUCGGUGGAUCGACAUUCCAAGGCUUUGACAUCAACUCAGGAAGCGUUUCUGGAGGAGCAUUCGGGGCCGGUGGUGGCACAUCGCUUCUAAGCGGCUUUGCCAGUUCAAGCGACGAUGAAGACGAGGAAAUGGAGGACCAGGACGACAACACUAUUCAUGCCGAUCAAGGCGACUCCGAGAAUAUUUCCGAAAACUCCACCAGCCAACCAAUUCCAAUUCUACCUCCUCCCCCUGCCCCUCUGAGCCUUGGUCCCUCACGAGCUAGGCGUCAGUUGGCUGCUCGCCUUGCUGCCCAAAAGCAACAGGCGAAUGAUGAUAUCGACGAGGAUGGCGAUGACCACGGCGAAGACGCCAGGACUCGAGACUCUGAGUGGUCCGGAAAUCCUUUCGUGAUCGCUGGCAUUGAUGAUGACGCGGAUGGAGGCGGCUCGGCUUUCCCUAACUCAGACUUUGGAUCUAAUGCGGAUCACACCUUUUCCCCCACAUUCCAUGACUCGGGCUUUAGCCCUCCCGACUCAUUCUCUGACAAUUCCUCUGAUGAGGAUGGAGACGGCCAUUCUGAAUCCGUGAGGCGGCGAGUCCGUGUCCCGCUGGAGGUCGAAGAAGAUGAUGACGACGAGAUGGGUGAAAUGGUCGCACCUACCGCCACUGGGAUGAUCGACUCGGACGACGAAGAUGAGGCUAUCAUCAACGAGUCUCUCGGCUACUCCAACCACCCGAGCCAGGCCCGGUAUGACGGCUUCCGCCGAUCACGGGUUGUGAGCGGAUCCCACUUUGACGACGACCAGAACGAUAGCAGCGACGGCGAGGACGACGGGCUUGUAGAAAUCCAUGUCCCGGGUCGAAAGUCCUCAACCUCUUAA